AUGUCAGUGUCUGCUCAACCUGGACUUCCUGGUCCUCCUGGACCUCCUGGACCUGAGGGACCGCCUGGGUUUCCUGGAGCUCCUGGAAAGAAUGGACUUAGGGGAGCUACUGGGUUUCCUGGAGUUACUGGGUUUCCUGGAGCUCCUGGGUUUCCUGGUUAUCCAGGAAAAUGCACCUGCUCUGAAGGAGAGAUAAUAACGGUCAGACCUCCCGGCGUACAUUCCGACAGCAAUGGGAACGCCACUGCAGGUUACAAUGGACUGCCAAUAAUAAUAGCAGUAGUGGCAUGUGUUCUUGCUGUCUUGAAUGCCAUGGCCCUGGCUGCUUUGGUGGUUUUCAUGAAGAGGAAAUUCGAAAACACAGUUAUGAGGAAUUCGGGAACUCAAAGUCAGGACUCUGGUUCGGACCGCAACACGUACGAGGCUCUGAAUCUCAGAGAGAGAUCACCCGACUAUGAGACUCUCAAUCCUUCCAGGAGCUCGGUGGCUGUACGCGGUCGACAUCGCUGAUGACAUCUAAUACUCGAUCAAAAUGUGUCUGUUUUGUAUUUUGAAUGGUGUUAUGCUGAAUUUUUACUUACAUCAUUUUUUGUUACUUAGUUCAUUUUCCUACAGUCUUUCUACACGUUUUUGUUUUGUUUUUGUUUAAAUAUAUUGCAUUACAAAAAAAUGAGAAUGAGAUGGUUUCAUUGCACAAUAUUUUAUGGACCCUUUCAUGCACAGCCUCUGUUAAAACCUUAUUGUCAUCAAAAUGGUAGUGAUGACCAUGCCAUAAUAUUUUAAUUAAGACUCAGUUAUGCC